CAGGCCGCCUGGGAUGUGUGCAUCAGACUACCAUCUGGUCGACCCAAUGACACAUCAGAAUGUGGAAUGGGUGGAGGCCUUGCUGCCCUGCUCCUGCCUUGCUGUCGCACCCUCUGUUGACAGCGGUAAAAACCAAUCGUGGCGGAGAUGAACUUCAGCGGAUUCGACUCUUCAGUAAGGCAGCAGAGGCUGAGUUUCAAGAGAGCCCUUAAAGGAGAUGAGGCAAAGCCGGAGAAAAUGAGUGACAAUGAUUGGCAGGAGUUGUGUGAGAAGUGUGUCAGUACCAUCCGGUUGUGCAUUGCAGACUCUGUUGUUAAUUGUGUUAUUGACGAAGAGUCUCCGGCGGUGAUAUGGGAGAAGUUGGAAAAGCUGUACAUGGCGAAAAGCUUGACCAACAAGCUUCUUUUGAAGAGGCGGUUGUAUCGGUUGCGGAUGGAGGAUGAGGACACCUUGGUUGGACACAUGAAUGUGUUCAAUGGUUUAAUAGACGAGCUAAAACGGGUUGAUGUUAAAAUCAGUGAGGAGGAUCAGGCAUUGCUUCUCCUUAAUUCUCUCCCGGAUUCCUAUGAGGUUUAUGUGGAUACCAUAUUGUGCGGCAAGGACACAAUUACCUUGGAGCAGGCACAAUCAGCUUUGUUGUCGUUUGAUGCGAGGAGGAAAGACAAAGCUGGGGUACGGAGUGACGAUGUAGUCGCGGCAAUUGCUCAUGGUGGUGGGAGAGGUCGUUCGUCUAUUAGGGACAAUAAAUCAAAGCACGAGAGGUCUAAGUCCCAGAACGCAUCUAAGAACGAGGUGCGUUGUUACAAGUGUGGCGAGCUCGGGCAUAUUAGGAGGGAUUGUCCUAAGAAGCGUGAGGGGAAAAAUGAUGCCAACUUGGUUCGAGAUGGAGAGACUGGUAGUAGUUCUCUCGGAAAUGGAAGUGACGAGUUGUUCAUGGUGGCUAACGGUCAUGAUGAAGCUUCCGACAAUGAUUGGGUGCUUGGUUCUGCAUGUGUGAGUCACAUGUGCUCCAAGAGGGAACAUUUUGAGACACUUCAAGAAGGCAUGACUAAGAAGUUGAGGUUAGCAGAUGACUCAACGGUGGAUGUCAUGGGAGUUGGGGUGGUGAAGGUGAAAAUGUUUGAUGGAGUGGUAAUGACUUUGGGUAAUGUUGCGUAUGUUCCCAAGUUGCGGUGGAAUCUCAUUUCACUUAGUCAAUUGGACUCCGAGGGGUACGAGUACAAGGCUCGCGGGAGAGUAGUUAGAGUGACUAAGGGUAGCACAGUUCUGAUCAGGGGGGGAGCUGGUCCACGGUUUGUAUCGUAUGGUGGGUCAUAUGACUAGGAGUGGCUCGAAACGGAAAAAUAAUCGACGUGUCUGCUUCGCGGAUGAGGCGACGAAGGUUCAUGACUUCUAGGAUCUUGCCGGUCUCUCUUGGGUUGGAGGGGGAGUUUGUUGGGAUAGUUUCACAAAUUUAUCCAGCCCAAAUGAACCGUUUCUUUUCUUGCAACUUUAAUUUUAGGAUUGUGAUAUUGAAAAAGUCAUGGUGCAUGCAUUUUAAUUAAUGCAUGGUUUUUCC